AUGCUCACCAACCUUCGCCGCGUGAACCUGCUCGAGCUGGACACGGCUGUCUCUGGUGGUAUAUGGGAGAAGUUUCUCAAACCGAGCACGAACUCUGUUGUGAACGAAAUAGAUAUCGUGGAGACAGAGGCUGAACUGGAGAUCAUGCGUCACCGUAAACCACGCAUAAAACCGGCAUCGCCAAAUUUUGACUCGGGACCUUGCAAGGAGCGCCCGGGAUUUUCUCUUGCUUCAAUUCCUGACAUUGUUCUGGGCCGUAGCCAUCGUUCUAAGUUGGGCAAGGGUUUGCUUGAGGAAGUCAUUGUGCGCUCAAAGAAGAUUCUGAAGCUACCGGAGGAUUACCAUCUUGGAAUCGUGCCAGCCUCGGACACUGGUGCAUUUGAGAUGGCCAUGUGGUGUAUGCUGGGGGAGCGUCCUGUGGAUGUAUGCUACUGGGAAUCAUUCGGCAAGCAGUGGUUUAAGGAUGUUACUACCGAGCUCAAGCUUGAAAAUGUUCGCGAGUUUGGCGCGCCGUUCGGCCAGAUUUCAGACUUUUCUCAAGUGAAUUGUGACCACGACGUGUUGUUCACGUGGAAUGGUACUACUAGUGGUGUCCGUGUUCCCAACGCUGACUGGAUUCCGGACGACCGCAAGGGUCUGAUCUUUAAUGAUGCUACGUCGGCUGCGUGUGCCAUGGAUAUUCCAUGGAACAAGAUUGAUGUGUGUACGUUCAGUUGGCAGAAGGUGCUUGGCGGUGAAGGUGGUCACGACGUUAUAAUUUUGAGUCCACGCGCUGUGGUGCGUUUGGAGUCGUUUGUGCCGGAGAACCGCCCAAUUCCUAAGAUCUUUUGCAUGACUAAUGCGAGCACAGUCAAGCUCCUAAAGAGCAUUUUCGAGGGUAGCACCAUCAACACGCCGUCGAUGCUGUGUGUCGAGGAUUAUCUUGACGCUCUGCGUUGGGCUGAGAGCGUGGGUGGCCAGGACGGACUGAUUGCGAUUUCGCAGCGCAACUUGAAGGUGCUCGAAGUCUUUGCAACCGAGAACUCGAGGUGGUUCAAGUUUCUCGCGACCAACAAGGAGAUCCGCUCCAGCACGUCCGUUUGCCUGCUGAUUGAUGGUAUGUCAAAGCAUCAUGUGAAGGAGAUGCAGGUGCUGCUGGAGCGAGAACAAGUCGCAUACGACGUAGGCUCCUACCGCGAUGCUCCACCUGGACUGCGUAUCUGGUGUGUCGUCACGAUAAAGACCAAGGCUUUGGAGGCUCUGCUACCGUGGAUCAAAUGGGCGUACCUUGAAGUGAAAAGUGCUCGGGAUGCCAAGACGGAGUAUAUAGAUAGAUGA